GGGGGGGCAGGAGUGCAGUGGAGGGAGGAGCGGUGAGGGGGAGAUAGAGGGUGGAGAGAGAGGAGAAGCAGAGGGAGAGGAGACAGAGAAGGAGAAAGAAGAGAGGGGUCAUAGAAGAGGACUAGAGCCACCUCAGAGUGGAGACAGUCAAAUAGAGAAAGAAAAGGAAGAGGAGAAAGGGAGAACUAGAGGGAAGUGAGGGAACCGGCUGUUGAGUGGCCUGCAGGAGGAGAGAGGGAGCAGGAGUAGGGAUGUGGAAGGGCAGGAACCAGGAAGCAGUCAUCGAGGGGACAAGGGAAGAACUGGGGGGACCCGGGAGCUGGGGUCUAGAAGAUGCAGGCCCCUUGGCCAGGGCCUCUUUGCCUAUCGUGUUUCCAUGGCCACUGCCUCUAGGUUCCUCAGCUCUUACGGUGCUCCUGGGAGCCCUCACUUCUCUGUUCCUUUGGUACUGCUACCGUCUGGGUUCCCAAGACAUGCAGGCCCUGGGGGCUGGGAGCCAAGCUGGAGGUGUUAAUGGUGGGCCUGAGGUAUGCUCUCAGAUGGGCCCAAGGGGCUCUGGGGAUCCUGGGGAAGGACCCAGGGCAGAAGGUCUAGUUAGCCGGCGACUUCGGGCCUAUGCCAGGCGCUACUCCUGGGCUGGGAUGGGCAGAGUGAGACGGGCAGCUCAUGGAGGUUCUGGCCUGGCAGGAGGGACAGGGCUCCUGGGCAUUCAGCGCCCAGGCCUACUUUUUCUACCAGACCUGCCUUCGUCCCCCUUUGUGCCACGUGAUGCCCAGAGGCAUGACGUGGAACUCCUACAGAGCAGCUUCCCCGCCAUUUUGCGGGACUUUGGGGCUGUGAGUUGGGACUUCUCAGGGACUACCCCUCCGCCUCGGGGCUGGUCCCAAUCCCUGGCCCCCGGGUGCUACCAGCUCCUGCUGUACCAAGCAGGCCGGUGCCAACCCAGCAACUGCCGGAGGUGCCCAGGAGCCUAUCGCGCACUGAGGGGGCUGCGGAGCUUCAUGAGUGCCAAUACCUUCGGCAAUGCUGGCUUUUCCGUUCUCCUGCCUGGGGCCCGGCUUGAGGGCCGCUGUGGACCCACCAAUGCUCGGGUUAGAUGCCAUCUGGGCCUGAAGAUCCCCCCUGGCUGCGAGCUGGUUGUUGGUGGAGAGCCUCAGUGCUGGGCUGAAGGGCACUGUCUCCUGGUGGACGACUCCUUCCUGCACACAGUGGCUCAUAAUGGGUCCCCUGAAGAUGGGCCUCGAGUGGUCUUCAUUGUGGAUCUCUGGCACCCCAAUGUGGCUGGGGCUGAACGCCAAGCUCUUGACUUUGUCUUCGCGCCAGACCCUUGAGAGAAGUGGCUCCCUUCCAGCACCUGAGCUGGAUGCUGCUGCACCCAAGGACGGCUUGCGUGGUGGUCAGGACCUCCUUUCCACUAGGAGGGGGCAGCAGGGUGUGACUUACUCUGCCAACACUGAAAUACAAAUCUGGAAUCCUCUCCACC